GUUCGGUGCGCCUAUGACUGUCCCCCCAUCGCCGUGCUGGCACAUCCUAUGCUAUCCCAUCCUCCUGCGGAUAUACCAGACGGGAAACACCAUGUACGAAUGCAAGAUUCAGAGUAGCAGAGUUCGCUCUCGAUGAAAUACAAGAGAUCGAUGGCAUUGCAUUUUAUCAAAGAGAUUAUGCACUGGGAAAAUUUUGAUCAAGAACAUAGAAUGCAGGAAGGAGAGAGACGGGACAGAGGGGAAGAUCUGGUCCCUCUUCAUCCCAGAGCGGCAUCACACGUCUGCCCUAUCACGUUACGUCGGACAGAGAAGCCGUGGACUCCCUUUCUCAAGACGCUGUGUAUCGCGAUGACUGGUCGUUGACGCUGAGUCGCAGGUCACCCAGGGCGGAAUGGGUGGGGCGAUGCCUACGACGACAGCGUCAAAAGACAAUAUAGGCGGCACUCAGUUCCGAAGACCACAGCAGCCACCAGUUAGUCGGAGAGAACGGUUGUUUUCCAUCGGAUUUGGUCUACCCCGUGUUGCGUUGGGUAGUUCAAGCAUCCAUCAGGGGGAACAAGUGGCGUACCUUUCUUCUCCACAGGGGGAGCUAUGCAACUUCGAAUCAUACGGUGAUUUUAACCCUGUGGAUGGUAUUUCUAAGAACUCAAGCCUGGGCAUGAAUGUAGCGGCCACCACGCGAUCAGGGCAGUCAGGUACUCCACCUCCGUCGUCCAUCCUAGCCACCCGUUCGACUCCUGCUCAGGCUACUCUUUAUUCUGCGCAGUCGCGUUCUCGAUCUCGUGGUCACUCACAUUCUCUAUCUACUUCACACCCACCUACAUCUUUGCGAAACCCGCGAGACCCAUUUCAACACACAUGCUCUUGUUGGGCUGAUUAUCUGGGCUCCGGUAAGCCAGGAUGUUUUCUCGUUGCGGAGUCGAUUAGCAGGCGUACAGCUGCGUCUCCAUCGCUGGGGCCACAACACGGAGUCAAGGGGAUGAGGAAUAUGAGUGCAUCGUGAAAGAGCGUGGUGACAUUCUGUCUCCGCGGCUGAUUAUAUAUGCAUAUGCAUCCUCGUCGCCAGGGGAUGCAAUAUUCCAAGGCACCGUCAGGUUGUCUUGGCAUCCGGAGUGAUUAUUAGAU